AUGCAUAUUAAAAAUAAUAAAAUUUUAUUUUUUUAUAUUCUGUUAAUUUUAAUUUUUAAUAUAAAUUUCAGUGAAAAUAAGUUAUUUGAUGAUAUAACGAAGUGCAUCAAUUAUUUAAGUUGCAAUUUUAUGAAUAAAAUAAAAUACACUAGUUGCAAUACAUCAAUAAAAAAUUUUAAUAGAUUUAAAUAUAAGGAUACAAAUGAAGACAUUAUAAAAAAAAAAAAUUCAAAUAAAAAUGAAAUAUAUCUAUCGAAAACAAGCAACCAUGAAAAGUAUAAAAGGAAGAGAAUGUUCAAAUACUUUUUAAGACCCAUUGUAAAUGAAUAUAGAAUUAUAAAUAACUUAUAUAACAGAAAUAUAUAUCUAUUAAAUAAAAUUAUGAUUCCUUUAAAUAUGAAAUAUAAGAAUAAUCAUAAAUGCUUCUUAACAAAAAUUAAUCAUUUUGUUGUAGGCAAAAUAUCAGAUGAUAAUGUUAUAAAUAAUAGGAAUGUAUUUUUAAAAAAAACUAAUCAAAAUGGAAAUAAUUGGAGUACUAGUCAUUUGUCAGCAUUGUCUGAUAGUAUUGUUAGUGAUAAUUCAAUUAUUAAUGAAAAUAACUAUAAAUGUUAUGAUAAAUCUGGCAUGAAAGAAGAGAAUAGAAUACCUCUUAUCGAAAAUAAUACACAUAUACAAGAAAAUGAUAUAAAUGAAUGUUCUUUAAAAGAAAAAAAAGAAAAAAAAGGAAAAAAAAGAAUAUUAUCGGAAGAAUCUAAAAAAAGCAUGAGAGAAAAACUUAAAUCAAUUAUGAUAGAAAAAUGGAAAAAUUUAGAAUUUAGAAAAAAAAUGAUAAGUUCUUUUAGAAAAAGAGGUAUUGAACAUAAUAAAAAAAUUUCAGAAGCAGUAAAAAAUAAAUGGAAAUAUGAUGAAAAUUAUAAAUUAAAAACAUUAGAAGGACAACGAAAAUAUUUUAUAAGAAGAAAAAAUACUAGUAUAAAAUCAACAUCAGAAGAAACAAAAAUUAAAAUAUCAAAAGCUAUGAAACAAUACUGGUUAAAUAGAAAUAAAUGCAAAAAAAGUGAGUUUAAUAAUUUACAAUCUUUGAUAAAAAAAAAAAAAAAACAUAAAAAAGUAUGGGAAAAUAUUUAUUCACUUAUAUUAAAUCAAAAAUCAGAUGAUUUCAGUAACUAUAAUACUUUUCAUAAUUUAUCUAUUAACUUACAAGAAUCUCUUAAAUGA